AUGCCUCUCCCCCAAAAAACCGACAUCCUCAUAAUAGGCAGCGGCAACGCCGGCCUCAGCGCCGCGCUCUCAGCCGCGCAAACCAACCCAACCCUACGCAUAACCGUAAUCGACAAAAGCCCCCUCACCUGGGCAGGCGGCAACACCUACUUCACAGCCGGCGCCUUCCGCACAACCCACAACGGCCUCCCCGACCUCCUCCCACUAGUCAACAACACGGACGCAACCCAAGCAUCCCGCAUCGACAUACCAGUCUACACAGAACAAGACUUCACCGCCGACCUCCAGCGCAUGACCAGCAACCGCACCGACCCCGACCUAUCAGCAGCACUAGUAUCCGACUCGCGCGCCGCCGUCGGCUGGCUAGCCGCCAACGGCAUCCGCUUCCAGCUCUCCUUUAACCGCCAGGCGUAUGAAGUCAACGGCCGGAUUAAGUUCUGGGGCGGACUCGCGCUGAAAACGCAAGAUGGCGGGAGGGGUCUGGUGGAGGAUGAGCUGCGCGCGGUGAGGAACGCCGGCGUGGGUGUGUUCUUCGAUACCGCGGCCACGGCGCUGGUGACGGACCCGACGAGCGGCGCUGUUAUCGGCGUUGAAGUUGUCCACACCGACAGAGCUGGCGCUGACACACACAGGAACAGGAACAGGAGAACCACUGUCGGUGCCGAUGCGGUGAUUCUCGCAGCAGGCGGGUUCGAGGCUAGUCCGCAGCUGCGCGCGCAGUGGCUCGGGCCCGGAUGGGACGGUGCGCGCGUGCGCGGCACACCAUACAACACAGGCGAGAUGCUACAGAUUGCACAGCGCGAUGUAUCGGCCAGAACAGCCGGGAACUGGAGUGGAUGUCACAGUGUAGCGUGGGAUGCGGACGCGCCGACGGAGUCCGGGAGUCGGGAGGUUUCGAACGAGUAUACGAAGAGCGGGUAUCCGCUUGGGAUUAUGGUGAAUCGGGACGGGGCGCGGUUUGUGGAUGAGGGGUUUGAUAUGCGGAAUUAUACGUAUGCGAUGAUUGGGCGGCGGGUGUUGGAGCAGCCUGGACAGGUUGCGUUUCAGGUUUGGGAUGCGCGGACUGUGGCGUGGUUGCGGGAGGAGGAGUAUCGGGGUGAGGUUGUGAGGCGGAUUGAGGGGGCUUCGUUGGAGGAGCUUGCGAGGAAGUGUGUGGAUGUUGGGCUUUUGGAUCCUGGGCGGUUUGUUGAGUGUGUCAAGGAGUAUAAUGCUUCUGUUGAGGGGGUGGAUGGGCAGAGGAGGUGGGAUCCUUCUGUUAAGGAUGGGCUUGCUACUAAGGGGCUGGCUGUUUCCAAGUCGAAUUGGGCUUUGCCGAUUGACAAGCCGCCUUUCCUGGCUGUCAAGGUCACUGCGGGUAUCACGUUCACUUUUGGGGGGUUGGCUGUGAAUCCUGAAACUGCGGCUGUUAUUUCGGAGACGACGGGUGAUGAGGUUCCUGGGUUGUAUUGUGUGGGUGAGAUGCUUGGAGGCAUCUUCUAUGAUAACUACCCUGGUGGAAGUGGAUUGACUUCUGGGACUGUGUUUGGGCGUCGUGCUGGUCGAGCAGCGGCGGAGCGAGCUGGAAAGAGAAGACUAGAACGGUUGUGA